AUGACCCUUUAUGCAGAUAGUAGACAGUCUACGGAUCUUUCGGCUAACCAUGAUACUACUAGAUGGUUCGAUCCCGCGAAGAAUGCAUACGAUAACGCUAUCUCAGUCUUGCGAAAAGAGCUUACAGAUGAAGAGUAUCAACAGUUACGGCUCCGAAGUCAGCACUCCAUGAGUGAUGUGCAGUCUGCGGUCGAGUCUGCCCGGCAGGAGUACCGGGCGAAGUCCAAAGGAUCCAAAAUUCAGUCUGCUCUGACAACCUGCUCAUCCAGAAUCAUGUUCUAUGGAGCGAUAUUUGACACCUUCUCACAACAUCACCCUGAAUACGUGUCUUUGGGCUGGGGCGCGUUGAAGUUCCUGUUCGUUGCUGUCCUCAAUCAUGAAGAGCUCCUUGCAGAGAUAUCGAAGGCGGUGUCUCGAAUCGCACUCGUGCUGCCUAGAACCGAGCUACACUCUGUGCUUUAUCCCACGCCGCGCAUGCAGGACGCCGUAUCACAGCUAUACGCAAAGAUCAUAGAAUUCGCAUUGAUGGCGAUCAAGUGGUACAAGAAAGGCAAAUUGUCUCACUCCUUCACGGCCAUUAUCAAGCCAUUCAGUCUGGGGUUCAAACCUAUCGUCGAGGAAAUCGCAGAGCGGUCCAAACAUGUGGAUGAGCUGGCUAGCGCUGCGGUCAAGGCUGAGAUCCGAGACCUACAUGUCAAUAUUCACAGGCAGAAUAAGACCAUAUUGCAGUUGACAGAGAUGGUUUCUUUCAUGCAGCAGCAGCAGUCUCUCCAGACCCAGUCACUACUGGCGUUGAAAGAAGAACAUAAACAAAUGUUCAGAGCCAGCCAACUUGAGGACAUCAGGACAGUCUCACUACUGGAGGAUACGGCAGUGGCAGAUGACAGCCUGGCAUGGUGCCGAUCGAUGCGCAAUCGACGUAGACAGAAAGCGCCCACACAACUACCCCUAUCAGAGCUACACAAACUUAAAGCCUGGACCUCUGAUCCCUCGUCCUCUCUCUUACUCGCGGAAGGGCAAGGGGUGAAGACAAGUUCGCUCGAUUUCGCGGCUGAUUUCCUCGAUAUAGUGCUUGAGCAAGGAUACCCCGUCAUCUGGGCUUUGUCUUCAAUCGUCAUUGAGCAUGACAAUGAUAGCCUACUACCGUCGGUCUCAGGCAUUAUCCGAUCCCUCAUCUCACAGGCUCUGGCACUGAAUGAUACUGUGGUAAGCGAAGGCAUCAAUCCUCUCACACCUAAACACUUCAAGUCCGCUGUCACCAUUGGCCAGUGGCUUGAUAUACUUGAUCGGUGCCUCUCAACUUUUAAGCGGCUAUUCGUUAUUUUGGACAUGAACGCUAUUGAGGCUGCUUUCGAGAAAUCGGAAGCUGAGGAACAAUAUUUCAAGAUCGGUGACUUCAUGGAAUGGAUCGGGCGCAAGUCACAAUCAAAAGAAGGAAUUAUCAAAAUCAUCAUCGUAUCAUGGAGGUUUGGUGCAGAUACGCCCAUAGAUGCCGAAGCACUUUCUGAAGAUAGGCAUGUGUUCACUGACAGAGGGCGCAAGAUUGAGCGGUUGAUGAAACAAGCCAGGUUCAGAGCUGCGUUCAGGAGAAAACAUCGGAACUUUAGCGACAAGUUGAGAUCUUCGAUUACCUUAGAUGACGCCAAAUACAGACUGUGA